AUGGUAGCAGCUUGCCAGGGUCCUAAAGCGUCCGGCAUCGACUAUCCCGCCACCGAGCAUGGGGUUGGGCAUGGACCCUUUUCCGAUUCUUCUACCCCGCGUUCACUCGGAACUAGCAUUGCCGGUAUACUCCCGGGCAGUUCGAAGCUAACGCAUAGUCUAGUGUCCACCUCGAUCAACAAGCUUGCUUCCCAUCCUCUGAUCGUCAUCAUCAGCAUCUUUUUAUCGCAGCCACCUCCAAUAGCUGGCAGCCAAAUAGUCCAAAGAAAACAAGCCGAGAUGCCUGUCGUUACACAGGUGGCCUUCAAGCCAUUGAACCCGCCCAAAGUGGGCGACAAUGGGUACGUCGAGCCCAAGCCUGGCAAGUCGGAAGUGCUCAAGAAGGGAUCGGCGCCGUUCGGGUGCCGCACGCUCGACUCGGACGUGCGCAUCGACCACGACGUCGAGAUCGUGGUGCGCGAUGGCUGCCGCCUGUACGCCGACAUCUACCGCCCUGCGACGGACGAGAAGAAUGUGCCCAUCAUCGUCUCUUGGUCCCCUUACGGCAAAAAGUACUCGGCGAUCGACAUGAUCUUCAACGUAUGCCUCUGGCGCUGCUGCAUCCGCGACGAAGAUGUCAGCGGGCUGGAGAAGUUCGAGGGCCUCGAUCCGGCUUGGUGGGUGGCUCGUGGCUACGCGAUUGCCAGCGUCGACGCGCGCGGGGCUGGCAACAGCGACGGUGACACGCUCGUGCUCGGCUCGCAGGAGGCCGAGGACAUCCACGACGUGAUCGAGAAGCUCGCAAAGCUCCCCUGGUGCAACGGCAACGUGGGUAUGGCCGGAAACUCGUACCUCGCCAUCUCGCAGUGGCACGCAGCCGCACAGAACCCGCCGUCGCUCAAGGCGAUCGCGCCGUGGGAGGGGUCGGGCGACAUCUUCCGCGAGCAGUUCUGCCGCGGCGGCUGGUUCAACAUGAGCAACUUUGACCUGAUCACUACGCUCGUCAUCAAGGGCCGCCACGGCGUUGAAGACUUUGCCGAGAUGCACCGUCGCUCGCCGCUCGCCAAUGCUUUCUGGAACGACAAGCGCGUCGACAUGACCAAGAUCAACAUUCCCUGCUUCAUUACCGGCUCCGACUUUAGCCAGAUCCACACCAUGGGCGCCGUUCGCGGUUGGAUGCAGGUCAACACGGACAAGAAGUGGAUCAAAUGGAGCGGAUACCAGGAGUGGUUUGAGCUGUAUUCGUGUCCCGAGUCAAACGUCGAGCUCAAGCUCUUCUUUGACAAGUAUCUCAAGAACAUCGACAAUGACUGGGAAAAGACACCCAAGGUGCGCUGGGCGACGCUGCCAUUUGGUGAUCGCGAUGUCAAGCACGACAUUGUGCUUCCGGAUUUCCCUGUUCCCAACACCGACUACCGCACCUUCUACCUCGGUCCGAACGAGUUGCUGUCCGAGACGGCGCCCAAGGAAGCCGGCACGUCGUCGCACAACUCGGAGGAGCGAUUCUCGAUCUCCAAGUUCCGACACACGUUCAAGGAGGCGACGCGGCUGAUCGGGCUGCCCAAGGCGGAGCUGUACAUGAGCUGCGAUGCGCUCGACGAUCUUGUGGUGUUUGUGCAGCUGCGCAAGCUCGACGUGAACGGCAAGGAGCUGAGCCAGCUGCAGUUCCCGUUGUCGCGCGCGCCCGUCAAGUCGAUCGACGACAUGCAGCCCAAGGAAAAGCAGAGCCUGAGCGUCCACAAUGGCUCCAUCGGCAUCCUGCGCGCCUCGCAGCGCAAGAUCGAUGCCGCUCGCUCGCUCCAUCCGCAGUUCCCCUUCCACCCGCACGACGAAGUGUGGAAGGUGCCGCGCGGCGAGAUUGUCAAGCUCGACAUUGGCAUCUGGGCAAUGGGUGUCGACUACGAUGCGGGCGAGUCGAUCCAGGUGGAUGUGCUCGGCCAGUGGCCCGGCUUCGACGAGGUUGCCGCCUUUUCCAAGCCUCGUCCCGAGUCCGAGAGGAACAAGGGCACGCACGUCAUCCACUUUGGCCCCGACUAUCCCAGUCGUGUGAUCCUCCCCUUUGUUCCGCUACGCCGAGCACGAGGCUACCCCGCGUGGCACGACGAUGAUCACCGGCGACCUCAUGGCUCGAUCAGCCACCUUUUGCCCCUCGCUCCGGCACCGACUUCACCGCUCCGUGCCGAUGCCAAUGCCCAAUCGCCGGCUCGACGACUCCACAUGGAGCGGCCGACUCCACAUCCACUUGCCGCUUCUCAGAUCAGCAGCAGAACAAAGUUCACCACAAUGUCAACUCAAGCAUCACAAAACGCAAGCGGAAACGCCGCUUUGACGCUCGGUGAAUCCGCCCGCCCGGUCAAGCCCAGGGUUGUCGUAACUGGCGGAUCUGGCAAGCUUGGACGAGCCACUGUUGCGCACCUCGCUGAGCAUGGAUGGGAAGUGAUCAACUUCGAUCGCGUCCGACCCAAGACCGCUUCCGAGGACGGCAAGAGCGGUCUGGGAGGAGCAUACCGCCUCGUCGAGAUUGACCUGACUGACAUGGGUCAGGUGCUCGAGGCGCUUUGCCAGAUCGAUAUGGCCUACAAGGGAGUGCAGGCCGUGGUUCAUCUCGCCGCCAUGCCCUCGCCCGGUCAGAGCUCGUCGAGCAAGCAGUUCAACACCAACGUCGCCUCGACUUACAACGUGCUCGAAGCCUGCCGCAAGCUGGGCAUCAGCAACAUUGUCAUGGCCAGCAGCGAGACGCUCAUCGGCAUUCCACUCGACAUCCCUCCUGCCAAGUUACCCAUCACCGAGGAGAGCCCUCUGCUUCCCGAGAGCGCCUACUCGCUCUCGAAGCUCGUGGGCGAGACGCUGGCAGAGCAGUACGUUCGCUGGUCGACUCAGUCGCAUCGCAACCCCGGUGCCGCCGCCAAGAUCAUCAGCAUGCGCUUCAGCAACGUCAUGCUCGAGGAAGAGUACGCUACCUUUGCCGACUGGCAGGAUGACCCCAAGAAGCGCUACUGGAACUGCUGGGGCUACAUUGACGCUCGCGACGGCGCAGAAGCCAUCCGUCUCGCCCUCGACAAGGACAUCCAGGGUCAUCACGCAUUUAUCAUCGCGAACAAUAGAACCCUGAUGGCGACGCCAUCUGCGGAGCUAGUCAAGCAGGUAUUCCCUGGAGUUCCUUACACUCCGCUCAACGACCACCCGAACGUGACCCUACUAUCCAAUGAGAAGGCCAAGAAGAUGCUCGGAUGGGACCCAAAGCACGAUUGGAAGCCUUGA